GUCCUUGGGGCCAGCUUUAUUCAGGUCACUUGGAAGGGGGCGUUGUGUGGAAAUGCAAAUUGAUGGAAAGUUCAAAAACAGACCGAGAAGUUGCACGCAAAAGCGGAAGGGUUUUAGUGCAACUCAUCAAAAAUCCGCCUCGCUUCCCUCGACUCCGGGUUCAUUAACAUUUCUCGGGGCAACAUGCGGCUGAGUGGCACCCUGGCAGUUCUGCUCCUGACUCUGUCCACAGCUGCGGGAUUAAGAUGCUACACAUGUACAGCCGCUGACCCUCGCUCCUGCACGGACAGCAAAUCGUGUCCUGUCGUCUUCAACCGCUGCUUCUCCAUGAAAAUAGACGGUUACAAUAUGGUGACUAAGGGCUGUCAGACCAGCAUGCUGUGUGUGGGUGCAGUGGAUUGCUGUGAGGGGGACUUGUGUAACAGUGCCAGCCAUGCCGGUUCCAGCUUCAUCCUGCUGAUGGUAUCUUCAGCCAUGAUCACGCUCUUCUUCUGAAGGCCGGGACAGCUUUUCAUCCUGUCACUUCCUUGAAUAACUUGAAGCAUUUUGUUCUUAUCAUGCUGCAGUGUUCCUCUAAUCCAAUCCGUGCCUUUCAGUAUGAAUAAACUUUUUUCUUUCACUAUCUAAAAGUG